AUGUCUUUCUGGAAGAGGAAUCAGCGCAAGCUGCUGGCCGCAGCGGCGGUGGGAGCGGCAGGCGCGGCAGCUGCAUACUACUGGUGGACCUACGAGUCCGAAGACCAAGCGGCCGAGCGCCGGCGGCGCGAUGACGCCCUCGCCCAACUCCAGUCCAUCGUCCACGGCGACCGCCGCCGCACCCCCACGCCCUUCGGGGGCGCCGGCGGCGGCGGCCCCGGCGGCGAGGGGGAGGGCGGGGGCGACGGCCACGGCCACGGCGGCGGCGAGGAGCAGUCUUUGGACGACAGCCUGCAGGCCCACUUCAACUCCAUCCAAGUGCUGUCUGAGCGCCAGGCCCUAGAGGACCUCCUGCCCCGCCUCAGGGACCUGCUGCACGCGGCCACCAGCCACGACGCCCUGCGGGAGCGCCUCCGCGCGCCGGGGCUCGCGGCGGCGGAGAAGCGGGCGCUGUGGGCGCAGCUGGCAGGGCAGUCGUUCACGCGCGCGAUGGGGGCGGUGUGGCUGGUGCCGCUCCUGGACCUGCUGUUGUUGAGCCGGCCGCCGUGCGCCUGA